UUACGGUACGUGGGCCAUGAAGGUAAUGCAACAAAGAAGUGAAGAGACCAGUAGUUGACAGAGAUGGAUUCGCGGUGAGAACGACCCAGACAAAUAAAAGGCUUUAAGUUUGAAGAAACAGAUUUACUUUCCAUGUAAAUACAUUAUUCUUGAUAGAUAUGACGGAAAUGUUUUCAACUCUAUUCGGGCAAAACGAAGCUCAAGGACCGCCCGGCUCGUCGUCUUUGGGUUUCGUACCAGGGAAACCUCCGCCGCCUCUGCCGCAGAAUCAAGUCUCCUUAGUGGGGCAGAUGCCACCACAGCUCGGGGAUGAAGGGCCUGCUCUUAGGAAGCCCGGAGCCAUGAAUGAACCUUUCUACUUAAUGCGGGAGCUACCUGUGGGAAAUGAGUUAACGGGAAACACCAACCUCAUCACGCACUACAACCUUGAACACGCCUACAACAAGUUCUGUGGGAAGAAGGUGAAGGAGAAGCUCAGUAACUUUCUGCCAGAGUUGCCAGGUAUGAUCGACUGUCCGGGUACUCAGGAUGGCAGCUCGUUGCGCUCUCUCAUUGAUAAACCUCCAGUGUGUGGGAAUUCCUUCAGCCCACUGACUGGUGCUCUGCUCACAGGCUUCAGACUACACACAGGACCGCUCCCAGAACAGUACAGACUGAUGCACAUACAGCCUCCAAAGAAGAAGAGCAAACACAAGCACAAACACCAUCGACCACAAGAUCCAUUACCGCAAGAAACACCAUCAGACUCUGAUCCCAAGAAGAAGAAGAAAAAGAGAGAUGAUGAUCCUGACCGCAAGAAAAAGAAGAAAGACAAGAAAAAGAAGAAGAGCCGCCACAGUCCCGACCACCCUGGCCUCGCUGGAUCACAGCCCAACAGUAACAGCCUCAGAUAGGCGGGGGCCCACUCCCACUGUGUGCAUGCUUGUGUUUGAAUGUGUGUGUGACUGUGUAUUUUGUAAGAAGAUGUGUGCAAGUGUUUUACAGAUAACUGUAUUAUUGACAGUUUGUUUAAUGAGAGAGGGGAUGAAUCAAAUAAUGCAAAUGGUUGUAUGGUAUGUGUGUGAGUGAAAGGAGCAGCAAUGUGACAGAACAGUAUAAAAGACAGAAAGCCACUGAUGAACUGUGAUGUGAUGAAAGAAUAAGCAGGCAAAGUUUGUAUGUCCCUCUGAUUUCGUUGUGAUAUCUUUUGACAAUGCCAAAAUCAAAUAAACU